GGGACGUUGGCGACGUCAGUGCUGCUGCUCAUGAAGAGGUGUGUGACUUUGGCACGGUGCACAUUGUGGAGCACUGCCUGCAUGUAACUUGCCUGUGGGUACAUCUAGGUGACAGAAGUGCCAAAGACAGCGUACGUGGUGUGGCCAGCCGACAAGAGUUCAGCGUUUAACGACUGGCAGAAAGAUUUCCCUGGGACUGUACGGACAGCUAUUUUGUUUGGACUUCCGUAUGAUGUGUGAAGCUUGUCACAACCACUGAACUGGCAACUUGGGUAGCGUUAGCUAACGAGACAGCUAGCAGCCUUUGCUAAGUUAGAAAGCCAAAACCAAGGCUAAGGUCGAUGUUGGGGACAAACUCAAAGCAAGAUCCGGGUUGUGGAAGCUGAGAUCUGCUGGUUGUCAUUGCGAGUGAAGUAGAUUUUUGCCAUACAUCAUGCUGCUGUCUUUGGUUGUGCACACAUACUCUUUGCGGUACUGGUUUCCAGCCGCUGUUAUGCUGGGCACUGCCCCGGCUUACUUGCUCUCAUGGAGUGCUUGGCGUCUCAUGUCUGUGGUCCUGCCACACAAACUCUACCACUCCAUGGACGACCGUAUAUACCAAGUCUACCAGAGCAUGGUCCUGUUCUUCUUCGAGAACUACACAGGAGUCGAGAUCAUCAUUUAUGGAGACAUACCAAAGACGAAAGAGAAUGUGGUCUACCUGUCCAACCACCAGUCUACAGCGGAUUGGAUUAUUGCUGAUAUGCUGGCUAUCAGACAGAAUGCACUUGGCCAUGUGCGAUACGUACUGAAGGACGGGCUGAAGUGGCUGCCCUUGUAUGGAUGGUAUUUUUCCCAGCAUGGAGGAGUGUAUGUGAAGCGAAGUGCCAAGUUCGACGAGAAGGCCAUGGUGAAGAAGCUUCUCUCUCAGACCAAGUUGGGAACACCAACGUACCUGGUGAUCUUCCCCGAGGGAACGCGAUACAAUCCCGAGAACAGAAAGGUGAUCGGCGACAGUCAGGUGUUUGCCACCAAUCAAGGCUUAGCGGUGCUGGAACACGUUUUGACUCCCCGGAUGAAAGCGGCCCACAUCGCCAUAGAGACCAUGAAGGAUCACCUGAACGCCGUGUAUGACGUCACCGUGGCCUACGAGGGAACCGUGUCCGCCUCGGGCCACAGACGAUCAGCCCCCACAAUGCCAGAGUUCCUGUGUAAGGAGUGUCCGAAGGUCCACAUCCACUUCAGCCGCGUGGACAUGAAGGAAGUCCCCCUGGAGCCGCUGUUUUUCCGUAGGUGGCUACACGAGAGAUUUGAACUCAAAGACAAACUGCUGGGUACGUUCUACGAGUCGGAGGACCCUACGCUGCGCUACGUGUUCCCGGGCGAGGGCCGCCACUGGCCCCUGAGCCUCACCAAGACUCUGCCCUCGCUGGUCUUCCUCAGCGGACUCACUCUGCCCAUGCUCCUCACCCCCGAGGGACGCAAGCUCUACUUCCGGACCUGGAUCUACGGCACCCUCCUGGGCUGGCUCUGGGUGCACUUAAGCCCCUAAGGAGAAGUGAAAAACAAAAACACAAACAAAAACAUAAACAACAACAACAACCUACUUACACAAGAAGGAGUCCCACUGCCAUAAAUUCUUUUUUCUGUCUCAUAUCGGUAUGGAUGGACAGGCUAAGGUCUAUAUUAUGCUACACGAUUAGAGUUCCCUCCUAUGGUGUAGGGGUACAAGGUUUUUUUUGUGUGCUUUGUUUUAAAAAGAAAAAAAAGAAAA